CAAAGCUUCCUUUAUGAUCUAAUUAGGCUGGCUGGAAAUGCAAAAAAGCACCAAUCAAAUUGCCACCUGGGGGUUCACGGGAGCGGAAGAGCUCAACGAUGGGCCGUGCACGCUUCAGUGCCUGAAAUCUGCACGUGAGGAAAAGUGUCUCUGUUUGAGGAGCGUAAUGCCACUUCAGCACAGACUUCAGUGCAGUCACUCUCACUUCCAAAUCCAUCUCAAAGCGCAUCUUAACCCGAGUGCUUCCACACAUACUAUUUAUUUGGAGUGUCUGCACAUCCAGCUGAUUAAGCAUGGAGCACACCUAUUUGCCUAAAACACUUUGGGCAAAUGACAACAAAUUUCUCCAUCAUCAUGUCGCAGAUCUAUUAACAAGUGUACAUGUUACACGGGAUCUCCCCGAGGGAGUUACGUUUGGACCCUGCAUUCUCCAAAACACUUUUUAUGACACCAUAGCAUUCAUUGCUCUGAAGUGUUCCGACAAAGUAAACAAGUCCUAUGUUUUUAGGGUGGACGCUGAAGCAAUACAAAGUUCUCCAAAUGUUUUAUCUUGGCUAAGACUGGUGCAAGCAGCAACCAACAACAAAGAACAAAAUCUAGAAGCGUUCUUGAAAAGUGGCCAGUUAUAUUUUCGGUCUAUACGGAGUAUAAGCAAAGACGAAGAACUGCUGGUGUGGUAUGAUCAGGAACUUUCUCAUCUCUUGGGAUUCAAUGACAUAAAAGGCCAGACACCUGCUCAAGGUUUUAGGUGCAUGAUAUGUGACCAGCCAUUCAAGAAUGAAUAUCCAUAUUUGGCACACACUCGCUUCCUCUGUGUUCAAGGAAAUCAUUUUUUACACAGCAGGGACUUACAGGUCUGUAAAGCAAUGGAAAUAAAGCUCAAAAAGCACGACACCACCGAUUUUCAUAAUAUUGCCCGGGAUCUGGAACAUAACAAAUCCAAUACAAAUGAGGACACUUCCAAUUUAUCUGGUAAGAAAAGGAAACACGAUGAUCUGGAAAGCACAAAAUCACACAAAAAGAGCGUUUUACUGGAGAAAAGAAACAUUUCUAAUCACCAUAACAUCGCUUUUAUGAACAGGGGCAGUCACGAUGUUGUACCAGAACUGGGGGCUUCAGUUUUGAAACUCAGUGCUGACAAAUGUCUGUUUCAGAAGGGUGUUGUAGAAGAUAAGCAGAGUGCUUUUACCGAGGUUAGGAGGGUAAAGGAAAAAAUGAAACAUGAAAAGACACACGAGCCAGUUGAGGAAAGAGGUCCUAAUCAAACUGGACAGGGUCAUUUACUAACGGGCUCCGUUUUACAUUCAAGUGGAAGUGCCUUUUCCUUUGUAUUGCCUAAGGGUGCCAGAGAAGAACAAAAAAGUGCUUUCUGCAAACCAAAUAAUAGACGGGUAAAUGACUCUUCUGUGCACCCAUCCCACACCUUAAACGGUUCCACAGAACGCCUUGGGGAAUUGUCCGAUUCCAUUACUCGGGAUAAUAUUUUGGGUUAUGGCGGUCCCUUGGGAACCAAAUUAUUAACAAGGGAUUUGGCGAACUCACAGUCAUUGCAGUCCUCCAGAAACAAGUCCUUUAUGUAUCCUUCAGAACGCUGGACCCGGCAGUUGCAAACCACUUCUUCCCUUACACUGCUUCCAUCUUCCUUUACUUCUUAUGGGGUUGCAGAACAGAACUGGUGUGCUAAAUGCAAUCUGUCUUUUCGGAUGACGUCUGAUUUGGUUUUUCACAUGAGAUCACAUCAUAAAAAGGAAUUUGCGGCUGAAGCACAGAUCAAGAGGAGAAGGGAAGAAAAACUCACAUGCCCGAUAUGUCAUGAGUUUUUCAGGGAACGUCACCACUUAUCAAGACACAUGACAUCUCACAAUUAAUUUAACAUGACUGGAUUUCUGAAAGCAAACCUAACUGAUUUCAGACACACUAUUGCGAACUUGCUAAAAAUGAAAUAAGAAGUAAUGUUAAAUACAUUUUGGAUGUGGUUACACCAAUAGGAUGCAAAGACACAGGAAACCCGCAACUGCUUAUUACUGCAUUCUAACUGCUCAUAAAAUAACUGCUUCAGGAAUUUCAAUUGUUUGGAAACACAGUAGGACACAAUGUAAAGGCGCUGAAAAGCAAACAGAGUAUACAUUUAUUAAAUUGUUUAUUCUACACAGUCUGGGAUUCACAUGUUCAGUGGAUUCUACAGAUCCUCAUAGCUUUUAUAAAAUUACAUUUUUAUAAAUUAUGUUCACCUCAAAUCAUUUAUCACCCGUUAUUAGCCUAUUUAAAAAGUUCCCAAAAGAUUUGUAUUUGGUAAUUUGGCUUGACAUAUAAUUAGGGCUUCUGGUUUUCAGGUUUUAUUAAUUGUGUUUUUGGUGCUUAUUUUUAGCUAUUUUCGAGUUUUAUGUAAAUUUGUUUUUUUCGGGGCUUUCGUUUUUGAUAUACCAUAUGAAAUUAGUGUUUUUGGUUACUUUCCAAUGCUUGAGCUUUUUUUUUUUUCUGUCAAAAUAUAUAUAGUAACUCGACAGUGCUUGCACACUUAAGUUGUACCUUCUUUCCUUUGUGUGUAGGUAUUUUUGUACAUUUCGCCACAAUUCUGUUUUAAAUCCUCCAUAUCUUAACUGUAAUACAGCUUGAAAUCCUGCUAACAAGCCUCCAUCCUAAUUGUAAUCUCGUUUUAAAUCUCACAAGCAGAGUCUCCAAUAGAAAUGUAGGAAUGUGCUGUCAUUCAGUAGUUGGGGCGGGUUUAAAGUAUUGUGAACGAAUCACUGAUAGAUGCAAGUCAGGAAGCCGGGACGUUGCACAGCAGCACUGAGAAAUGUAUUUAUUAUUAUUUUUGUAGUAGGUUUUAUUUUUUAAUGGGGAAAAGGGUAAAGUCAAUGUGAAUAGAUUAACCAUUUCCAGUUUUUCAGGUGUUUUCUGGUGUUUAUUGGCUGUCCACCGAUUUCAUUUUUUUUGUAUCGGGGGUGUUUUAUCGGUUAAAACCGAAAAUCAGAAGCUCUACAUGUAAUUCACAAUUUUAAAUAUCUAUGAAUUAGAGUUAUUCUAAAAGAAUAUAUGUAUAAAUGGUAGAUAUUAGUUUAAAAUGCAGUCCUGUUUAAAAAUAGAUGGAAAAGAUCCAUAAUUAAUUUGAACAUCUAAAUAUUUUCAAAUUCAUUUAGUUUUCUAUAGCAAUGCAGAUACCCUAUCCUACUGGACGCUGAACAGUUUACAGGUUUAUUAAUGUGACAUAGAGGUUUUAUAAUCAUGUAUGUAAAAACAAUCUUGUGAACUACUCAUUGCAAACAAUAAAAUUGUGUAUUUGAUAGUUGGAAAAUGGCUGAAAUUAUUCUCGUCUUUGGUGACAGUUUCAGUGUAAGGUAAUCUAUAGACAUCUUGUAUUAUAUUACAUGAUGGAUGGAGAUAAAACUACCUAACUAACUUUUAGAAAAUGCAUUCAUACAAUCAAAGCCCAGUUUUAAUAUCACA